CGGUUCCGGCUGCUGCCUCCUCCUCCUUCCGGACACGUUACUGUUGCAUCAGCAUCCAGAAAACCGGCACCGCGGGGAAAUGUCCACCUCCGGAGACUCAGCCUUUGAGUUUGGCUUCUUGCUGCAGAUAGGCGAGGACGCUGCGCUGGCCGCGGCGCUGAACGACUACCUCAGCUCCCGCAGCUACCUGGCCGGGUUCGGCCCGUCGGGGGCCGACCUGGAGGCCUUCCGGCUGCUGGGCCGGCCCCCCGACCCGCGGCAUGUCCACGCCCUGCGCUGGUUCACGCACAUAGCCGCCCUGCGGCCGGAGCUCCAGCCGGACGGCAGCUGUAAAGGGAAGCGGGUCCAGCCUCCCUGGAGUCCUCCAGAGGGAACUGCCGGCCCGCAGCUGCGACUGUACAACAGCCUGACCAGGACCAAGGAACCGUUCGUUCCUCAGAAAGGGAACAAGGUGACGUGGUACUGCUGUGGACCGACGGUGUACGACGCCUCGCACAUGGGCCACGCCAGGUCCUACAUCUCCUUCGACAUCCUGCGGCGGAUCCUGAGGGAUUACUUCAAGUACGACGUCCUGUACUGCAUGAACAUCACUGACAUCGACGACAAGAUCAUCAAGCGAGCUCGACAGAACUUCCUGCUGGAGGAGUACAAGAAGAAGAAGCUUCCUGCUGAAGACGUCCUGAAGGACGUCCUGACAGCCAGAGAGCCCUUCCAGGCCGUCCUGUCCUCCACCGCCGACCCCGAUAAGAAGCAGAUGCUGGAGCGUCUGGACGCCGCCGUCUCCGCCGCCCUGCAGCCGCUGCAGGACGCCCUGGAGCGCCGGGCCGCCGCCGCCGAGGUCCAACCUCUGGCUCAGGCCCUGCUGGACCGCUCCGGGGACCUGCUGGCCGACUGGCUGGACCAGCAGCUCGGCAGCAGCGUGACGGAGAACUCCAUCUUCUCCACCCUGCCGAGACACUGGGAGGACGAGUUCCACCGGGACAUGGACGCUCUCAACGUCCUCCCUCCAGACGUCCUGACCCGGGUCAGUGAAUACGUCCCUGAAAUCGUCGACUUCGUCGGCAAGAUCGUCUCCAACGGUUACGGGUACGAGUCCAACGGCUCGGUCUACUUCGACACGUCCCGGUUCGAUUCCAGUCCACUGCACUCCUACGCCAAGCUGGUCCCCGAGGCGGUGGGGGACAUCAGGGCCCUGCAGGAGGGAGAGGGCGACCUCAGCGUCUCGGCCGACCGGCUGAGCGAGAAGAAGUCGCAGAACGACUUCGCCCUGUGGAAGGCGUCCAAACCCGGAGAGCCGUCCUGGGACUCGCCCUGGGGCAAGGGCCGUCCCGGCUGGCACAUCGAGUGCUCGGCCAUGGCCGGGUCCAUCCUGGGGGAGUCCAUGGACAUCCACGGCGGCGGAUUCGACCUGCGCUUCCCUCACCACGACAACGAGCUGGCCCAGUCCGAGGCCUUCUUCCAGAACGACCACUGGGUGCGCUACUUCCUGCACACGGGUCACCUGACCAUCGCCGGCUGCAAGAUGUCCAAGUCCCUCAAGAACUUCAUCACCAUCAAGGACGCCCUGUCCAAGAACACCGCCCGGCAGCUGCGCCUGGCGUUCCUCAUGCACUCCUGGAAAGACACGCUGGACUACUCCUCCAACACCAUGGAGUCGGCCGUGCAGUACGAGAGGUUCCUCAACGAGUUCUUCCUGAACGUGAAGGACGUCCUGCGAGCGCCGGCCGACGCCUCGGAGCAGUUUGAGAAGUGGGAGGCGGCCGAGGUGGAGCUGAACGACAGUUUCUCUGACAGGAAGCGCUCCGUGCACGAGGCGCUGUGUGAUAACCUGGACACCCGGGCAGCGCUGGAGGAGCUGCGGCUGCUGGUGAGCCAGGCGAACGGCUACAUGGCGUCCAGGAAGAGCAGCAGGAGGCCGGCCAAUCGGCUGCUGCUGGGGGGCGUGGCCAACUACCUGACCAGCAUGCUCAAGAUCUUCGGAGCGAUCGAAGGAACCGAGUCCAUCGGGUUCCCCGUCGGACAGAACCAGAGUGUCGAUCUGGAGAGCACCGUCAUGCCGUACCUCGCCGUGCUGUCAGACUUCAGAGAAGCCGUCCGGAGGAUCGCCCGGGAGCAGAAAGUGACGGAGCUGCUGCAGCUCUGCGACGCCUUGCGGGACGAGACGCUGCCGGAGCUCGGGGUGCGGCUGGAGGACCACGAAGGUCUUCCCACGGUGGUGAAGCUGGUGGACAAAGACACUCUGCUGAAGGAGAGGGAGGAGAAGAAGAAGAUGGAAGAGGAGAAGAGGAGGAAGAAGGAAGAAGCUGCGAGGAAGAAGCAGGAGCAGGAGAACGCCCGGUUGGCCAAGAUGAGGAUCCCUCCUUCUGAGAUGUUUCGAUCCGAGACCGACAAAUACUCCAGCUUCGAUGAAACGGGUUUCCCUACCCACGAUGCCGAGGGUAAGGAGGUCAGCAAAGGUCAAGCCAAGAAGCUGAGGAAGCUGUACGAGGCCCAGGAGAAGCUGCACAGCGAGUUCCUACAGAGGACCCAGAACGGGAACUGACCCCGACCCCUGACCCUUGACCUCUGACCUCGUCUGUCACCCGGUGCUCCUGGAAGAGACUCGGUUCUGCUUCAGCUUGAACUUUGACACAAAAUAAAGUGAAGUUUUAAUGUGAAAUCUGCUUCCUGGAUCUUCUGCAGCGCCGGCGCUCGGGUCAAAGGUCAAAAGGUCAAAGGUCAUGCUCUGUACCGUUCGAGUAAAACCCCGGCCCACCACCACGGGGGUUCUCCUAGACCUGGACCCAGGGAAGCGGUGCCUUCAUCGACCCGGAGGGGCGGAAUGCCAGGGGUCGUCCCCCGUUUCCAUGGAGACGGAGACGGAGCGUCUUCAGCGCCGUCAAAAUCUUGUAAAAGAGUCUUUCAGAAAUAAAUUAGCAGUCUUUAAUAUGAACCUGAAGACCCCAAAAUACCACCAGAGAGGAACUGAGAAUCAUGGGAGGUUUGUGAUGUCAUUCAAGAUGGCCGCCCCGUUAUGGCUUUGACUGACAUGUCGUCACCCGUCCUCCAGAUGUUUUCAUUCUUCUUUUUUAUUCGUACUGCAGUAGUUCUGACACUUUUUAAAUGAAGACACUGCCUCUGUCGCCAAAACCAGUGAUUUAAUUGAUGAAAA